UGUGAAGCUAAACAGGGUUAAUGAGGUUUUAAGAGAAUGCAAUGCCCGAAUGUGCAGUUUCUAAGAACUAGUAGUGAUAAUGAAACCUGAAAGCAAAAAGGAAAAACAUUGUACAGUAUUGUCCCCGUUAUCAGCUGUUCUAACCAUGCCUCUUAUUGCACCUGAGUUCUUUGAGUCAUGAAAUAAUUAGGGGUUGACACAGUCACUUGUGAUAACAAUGAUGCUGAGAAGGGCAAAUUGGGAGAUGGUACUUGGUUUCACAGUCCAGCAUCAGUGGGCGUCGCAGAAUUGUUGAUAGGAGGUUACAUAAGGACCUGGUCAUCCGUUGACACUAAGACUAACUUAGUGUCGAGGAUCUAGACAGGAGUCACUAGUCUCUCUCUGUCUCUUGUUCAAAGAUUCAGUCAGAGAAUUUGGGACCCAAGGUCAGCACAGCAGCCAUGGCAGUUGAAAAGAUAAAGAAGCCCAAGAAAAGAAGUGCCACAAUCUUCGGCUACCCACUGAGCAUCUUUUUCAUCGUAGUUAAUGAGUUCUGUGAGCGGUUUUCCUAUUAUGGGAUGCGAGCCGUGCUGGUGUUGUACUUUAAGUACUUCCUUAAGUGGGAUGAAGACUUUGCCACAACCAUCUACCACGCAUUUGUGGCUCUUUGCUACCUAACACCCAUCCUGGGAGCUAUUGUGGCAGACUCAUGGCUUGGGAAGUUCAAGACGAUUGUCUACCUGUCCAUUGUUUAUGCAGUGGGACAGGUCGUCAUGGCUGUAAGUGCUAUCCAGGACAUCACAGAUGCUAACAAGGAUGGCACCCCUGACAACAUGACCUUACACGUAGCUUUGUCCAUGGUGGGUCUCCUCCUUAUUGCCUUGGGAACAGGAGGCAUCAAACCCUGUGUGGCUGCUUUUGGAGGGGACCAGUUUGAAGAUCAUCAGGAGAAACAGAGAAGCACCUUUUUCUCCAUCUUCUAUCUGUCCAUUAAUGCUGGAAGUCUCAUCUCCACUCUGAUUACUCCCAUUCUCAGAGGUAGAGCCACAACACUCAAACUGAUCACAGAAAUAAAAUAUACCGCUGGGUCACAAACUGAUUUUUGUGUCCUUACAUUUUCAGCUCAGACAUGUGGUAUUCACAUCCAGCAAGAGUGCUAUCCGCUGGCCUUCGGUGUCCCUGCUGCACUCAUGGUGGUAGCUCUGAUUGUGUUCAUUGUUGGAAGUCCCAUGUACAUUAGGAACCCCCCGCAGGGCAACAUCAUUGUGAAAGUUUGCAAGUGCAUCGGGUUUGCCGUCAAAAACCGCUUCAGGCAUCGUUCUUCUCAGUAUCCCAAGAGAGAACACUGGAUGGACUGGGCUGAGGAGAAAUAUGAUAAACUCCUGAUUGCUCAGGUGAAGAUGGCAUUGAAGGUGCUGUUCCUCUACAUCCCUCUGCCUAUGUUCUGGGCUCUCUUUGACCAGCAGGGUUCAAGAUGGACCUUCCAGGCAACCACAAUGAACGGCAACUUUGGAGCUAUUACAAUCCAGCCUGAUCAGAUGCAGACUGUCAACCCUAUCUUGAUCCUGAUUCUGGUGCCAAUCAUGGACACUUUGAUCUACCCUCUGAUUUCCAAGUGCUUUAACUUCACUCCUUUAAGGAGGAUAACAGUGGGGAUGUUCCUAGCUGCUCUUGCGUUUGUGGCUGCUGCCCUACUCCAGAUACAGAUUGAUAAAACCCUGCCUGACUUCCCAUCAAGUACUGAAGGCCAAGUGAAGUUCAUCAACAUGGUUAACAGGGAUCUACAGAUUCAAGCUGAUAACCAAACGAUUUCCUUGAAAGCUUUUGGGGCUAAUGAGGAUUAUCUGACCUUUAAUAACCAGUUUACACUGGUUCUGGAGCCUGGGCAACAAUAUAAUGUCAAGUUGGAUAAUGGCACACGGAAUACCAUGGCUAUCAUUCAGGGAUCCAAGCUUGGGUUUGAAAAGUUCGACGACAUGACCUCAAAGCCAGAAAAGGGUGAAAAUGCCUUAAGAGUUUUGAAUGGUUUUGGCUCAGUUUUGAAUGUAACUGUGCGUGACAAGGUGUUCAACUUUACCAGCAACAUGUCAGAGUAUCUCAGUGUUUCACAUGGAAAAGCUGAGUUCAUGAUCAAGGAUGAUAGAGGAAGUAGCUGCAUCUACACUCAAGAGCUGGGCUUUGGCAGCUCUUAUACUUUGAUCAUCCCAUCCACUUUCACGUUUGGAGAAAUGUGCUCAGAGAACAUCAAGGCAGUGAUGGACAUGGAGCCUAACACUGUGCACAUGGCCUGGCAGAUCAUUCAGUAUUUCCUCAUGACUUCAGGAGAGGUCGUCUUCUCUGUGACAGGCCUAGAGUUCUCCUACUCACAGGCACCCAGCAACAUGAAGUCUGUGCUGCAGGCUGGCUGGCUGUUAACCGUUGCCGUAGGUAACAUCAUUGUGCUUAUUGUUGCUGAGGCUGCAACGCUGAAAGAUCAGUGGGCCGAGUACAUUCUCUUCGCUUCCUUGCUGGUGUUGGUGUGUAUCAUCUUUGCCAUCAUGGCCUAUUUUUACACCUACACUGACCCAACCAAGAUAGAGGCCCAGUUUGGUGAAAUGGAGCCUGAAGAGAAGGAGAAGAGGAAAAGCUUUGACAUGCCCAGGAAAGGCUCAGCUGAGAGCCACAAAGAGGACAGGAGGAGUUCUGAUUCCAGCUCUGAUGACGAGUGCACCAAACAGACAAAGAUCUAAAGCAACUCCCUCGCUAUGGCUUUUCCCUCUCUUCUGCUGGAUUUUGUCUUUCAUGUGCCUGUUCCAAUUUGGUCAUUUUGUCAGAGAAAUCAGCUCACAAGUUGGACAUGUAGCAGCUAGAGUGACCCGAGUGAAAUGGUGAAUAGCACAGAAGCUGAUUAUCCGCAUAUCAGCUCAUAUAAUUAAAAUCCAUUCAUAGGUUUGUCAUCUAUAGAUUAACUGUUGUAAAUUUGACAUUUCUUUUGCACUGAGCUUUAUUAUCAACUAAUUUUGUCUUUCAUGUUUUUACACAUGCAUAAUUACAAAGAAAUCAUCCCAAUAUUUGUAUUUAUUUCCAAGUGCAGUGAUGUAUGUAUUGUAAUAUACUGUUGGUAUUUUAUAUAUAAAUGGUAUUAACAGGAGAUAAUCUGACACCACACCCAGCUUCCUCAGUAAGAAAUGUUCCUUAUUCAAAGUCUGAAUAAAUUUUGAGCUUGAAGAACACUGUCAAGUUAUGGCUAUUCAAUGCUCCAAUGCUCUGCCAGCAGUGGUUUCUUCCACAUAUGCAAUGACAUCAUUUAAAAUCAGUGUUUAUGUGCUUACAAUUCUGUAAUUGAAUAUGCCUUCAAAUACAAAUUAUUGCAGCAAGUUUGAUGACUGGGUGGAUUUCUUGUCUUUCAAUGCAAGAACGUAGUGUUCACCAUUCCUGCCCAAAGGGCCUACCACAAAAAAACCCCCCAAAAACACAGGUUAUUGUGAUUACAAUAAAUCAUACUAAUGAACUAUAUAUUACAAAUGGUUUAUAUCAUAUCUGGGUAAUUACUUGGUGCUAAUUAUUUAGCUUUAAAAAGAGGCCUCACUGACUGUUGUAAAUAUAGCUCAGUUUGUCAUUUCUCUGGUCUCACUGACAUUUAAUGCUUAAGAUAAAGUAACUCUGAAAAUACCAUUUUUAAUCUCGUUAGAAUGGUGUUAAUCCACUUUUGUCCAUUGCUUUAGAACAGCAGUGCAGCGCUGACAUUAAACUAUAGAAAAAUUCAGCAUUUCACAUGUAAAUAAAAUACUGCCUCAGCCUCCUAGUAGGUGUACUUACCAGAUCUGGUGAUCAAGAACAAAACUAUUCUUGCAUUAUCAGGUUUACUGCAGUUUUAAUUCUCUUUCACUGCAGCUGUCGACCAAUGUGCUCCAGUCACUGUGACUAUUGAGGGAGUUACUAUCCUAAACUGCCAGAAGCUCCCCUUCUGUGUUCUGGGAAUUUUGAAUAAGAACAGGACUUUUUCUUUCCUACCUAAAAACAAACAACAAGCAAAUACAUACUUUACCAUGAUGGGGAAUUGCUUUAGCUUCCUUUAGAAACACUUGUGAAUGUGGCACAAUGGUAGGGGAAGUGGAGUAACUAAAUUUCUGCAUGGUGUCGAAGGAGUUUCCAGUCUACAAACACCAACUCCUGAAAAGUAAAUGUGGCCAUUAUGUUCUCAGUUAGCAUUAGAUCUUUAUUUCUCAUGUCACUUUGAAAGCUUAUAAGGAGCUUAAAUUUAACUUGGGGAUUCUCAAAUGACACAAGCAAAGAUUAUAUACAGUAUUAUAAACUGUCAGCUAUGAUAAAGGAGACCAAAUGUACACAUUGUUAUUUUCGUAGCAUAUGUUUUUCUGUAAGUUACAGAUUUCUUUUUUUUUUUUUGUUGUUGUUGUUGCCAGAGGCAGGUGCUGAUAUCCAUAAAGCAUUCCAUACUUCCAUACUUAACUCUUUGCAGUUAUAAAAAUAUCACAUAUUUCUUAAUUUCUUUCAGUCCCUGUGUUGACAAGUGCGUCUUGAUGCAACUCACCAACAUUAUUGCUGCAUUAGCACAGUAGUAAAUUCUGGAACUCUUAAGUAAACAUAUAUAGUAAAACAUGGCUAUUAGCAAUUUUUUUUUUUUUUGUACAGGUUUCUUUAAAUACUUGACACACUUUCAAAGUGCAAAAAACUGAUCUGAAAAUUAGAAAAAAAAAAGGUGCAAAUCAUACUACAAAUAUCUGGUGAAAGCAUAAAAGAAGACAUGGCACUUCUAUAGCACGGUGUGGAGGUGAGAACAGAAAUGUGUGAGGAUAAUAAAGGUGGCAUUGGAUUCUGCAGCUUGGCUUGUGCUGAUCAAUAGUUUAAUUUGGCCAUGAGCAAAGUGUUGCGAUGUGAUUGCCUUCUUGGGUCCUUGCCAUUUUUUCCUCAUCUCCACGUUGAGUUUCUAAACACUGCUAAGGAGAAAUUACAAGCCGAGGAAUAAUAAUACUUCACAUAUCAGCAUUCGACCACCCCUAAUGGUUCCUCUUUGUAAUUGUCCUAACUUCAUCUUGACCUACAAAAUUUCAAAACUGACUUUAAUUGUCUAAACAUAAGUACAGGUAGCAGUUUUCCUCCCGACUAAAGAAACAAAGGAAAUUCUUCUGCCGCUAAAUAAAGUCAGCUUAGUAACAAAGUUAGUUUGAUUCAGCAGGUGAUUGAAAUGUGAGAUUGGAACCAAGUCACUUUGGAAAAAAAAACAAACAAAAACCCCAAAACACUGAUGAAUCUCACUCACUGAUAAGUCAAAGAAAACGGCGAUGUAAUGCCAGAACACAGAUUUGUGUGUAUCUGUAAAGGCAAGGCAUUUUCUGUUCUUACUGUUGGAGUAACUUUAAAUAUCUGCUUUUAAACAUUAUCAGUAUCUACAAAAUGCGCAUGACCAUUUUGUACACAGUGAUUCAAUUCCCGCAAUGACAACUUGUAUUCAUGUACAGCAUGGCCCCCUCACCCCCCACGCCGUUGGAGGACAAAUUCCACUUAAAGCACUUUACCUGAGGUUUCCUUAUGAAUGCUGCAAUUUGCCUAAGCAGGGAGUCUUACUUACGUGAGAGAACACAUGAACACGCAGUCACAGGUACACGCGCACGCACACACAGCUUGCACACUAAGAUAAUAACCCUGCAGGUUCAUCAAGCAUGCUUUCAGAGGUUUGGGAGGAUAUGAUUCCUACUUUGGGGGUGGGGGAGGGGUGGGGCGGCUGAAGUCUUGUUGUGGAUUUUGGGGAGAUUUUUUGGCUCCUUGUGGACUCUGCUGUGUGAGGCUGGAGGAGUCUCCUGUAUACAGAGCCCAGCAUCGCUGACAUCACUCUGACUGAGUUUGUCCCAUCAAAGCC